AUGCCGUAUCUCAACCACAUCAUAAAGGCUUCUAGUGCGUGGCCCCAUCUCCGCCACCUCGCGCAGUGGAUGGAGGUGACGACGUCGCCCAACAAAUGGCAGCUUAUCAAGUCGUGCGACGACCUGCACCAGAUCCGCGCCGAGAGGGCUCGCCGUACCAAGGUUGCAGCUAUCGAUUUCGCCCCGAGCCAGCCAAACCCGGUUACGGAACUCAUCGAGGAUCCGGAGAAGCUGCAGUCCGAUCUGGACCGGCCCCUAUCCCCGGGCGCCACUCGGCUCUAUAUCGUCGAGGACCUCUCGCGGGACGUGAUCGAGUGCCUCGGCUACAAGCUCAACAUCGAUCCUCUCUUCUUCCGCGAACACAUCAACGAUUACUUGUGGUACAACACCCGCGACCCGUGGGUUGAGCUACCCGAUCUCGACAUGGUAUCGAGAAACCGGCCAUAUUUCCGCCUCAUCUAUACGCAGCCGCGGUACUUCAAAGAUAAGCAGAGCGUCGAAACCGCGAACCGGCAGGCCGGGCGUUUCAACGUCCUCCGACGGCUCGACCUCGAUACCGAGCACAGGUCCUUAUUCGACGAAGACUCGGCGAUAGUGGCCCUGGUAAGAAGCAAGGCGUCGCUGUGGAUUGCGCCGGACGACAGCCCCCGCAAAGGCACCGGCGUCCUGCUCAUCGACCCCUCGAUAACCCAGGGCUACCCGCUGUGGCGCGGCUAUCGGCCCUUCCGGAACUCUCCGUGCCCGUUCCCGGAGCACGAGGGAGAGUACGACCGGGCGCCCGGAACGUCGCUCUUCGACGACCUCCUGUUCUGGAUCCAGAAAACGGAGGCGGGCGACAUCGACGCGAUCCGGGAGAGCCCCCGGGCGAUGGCGUUCCGGAUGCUGCAGAUCAUAUGCGCCGAGUGGCUGACGCUGACGCGGUACAUCACCGCGCGGCUGAGCCAGAUCGAGUGGGAGAUCGAGAAGCCCGACUUCCGGCGCGCGUCGACCAACUUCAACACCUCGCUCGAGAAGCUGCACACGUGGCGGCGGCGGCUGCCGCUGUACCGGGCCAUGGUGGCCGACGCGCGCGAGAAGCUGUUCCCCGACGCGGCGGCGGGGGCGGCUGGGGCGGCCCGCGGCCCGCGCGACAGCGUCGAGCAGCUGCGCCGGGACUACGCGAUCGUGGCGCGGCACAUCGAGGAGCUGCUGUCGCGGGCGGAGCGCAUCGCGGCGGUGGCGACGGCGGUGACGGCGAUCGAGGAGAGCCGGCGCGCGAUCGAGCAGAACAAGGCGCUCGGGCGGCUGACGUACCUGGCCGUCAUCUUCGCGCCGCUGAGCUUCGUGUCCAGCUUCUUCAGCAUGACGGACAACGUCGCCUCCCAGGCGCAGACCUACUGGGUCUACUUCUGCAUCGCCAUCCCCAUCAGCAUCCUCGCCUUCCUCCUCGUCGACCAGAACUGGACCAACAACAUCCAGCGCGUCCGCGGCUCCUCCGCCAAGCAGGACGGCAAGCCGGCCCCGCCGCCCCGCCCCCGCGUCCAGCACAGGGCCUCCGACUUCCUCAGGUGGGACCAGGCGACCCCGACGGCCCCGGUAGCUACUACGUAUGCGAGGGCCCCCAACAUCGAGAACGGCAGAUGA